AUGGCGUCUACAUCUGCAACUUCUUCAAUCACACCAAACGACAUGGAGAGAGAUCCAGAUCAACAAACAGAGAAGAAGAAGAAGAAGGGUAUGCGGGCCAGCUUUAAGAAAAGAUGGCGGGCUGUGAAGGGCUGCUGCUCUUGCACCCAAAGCAAUGACCUGGAUCCAUCUGAAGAGCCGUAUCUACCAGUCUUGAACCCGGUGGUCUUGGCAGACACAGCUGAUCACCCUGGUUGUGACUGGGAGCAAACGCCUCUUGAAGAUCCGGUCGAUCCGCCGCAAGAUCCUUCUGGACUCAAGCAAACCGCUCCAGACGAACCAACUGACGACACAGCAGAACAACAAACAGAAGAGAAGAAGAAGAAGGGUGUCCGUGCCAGCUUUAAGAAAGGAUGGAAGGCUAUAAAGCACUCCUGUGCCCGAAACAACAAAGUGGUGCCUUUACCUACACAGUCUGACCUGGAUUCAUCAGUUGCUCAGCCGGCUCCUGAAGAUCCUCAGCCGCCGGCUCCUGAAGAUCCUCAGCCGGCUCCUGAAGAUCCUCAGCCGGCUCCUGAAGAUCCUGAAGCUCAGUGGAAAGAAGAAAUGGAUGAUUUCUAUCGUGGUUUAUCUGACUUUGAUCCAUUUGUUCAGGAAAUGCUCAAAUGUUUUUAUCCAUAUUCUUUUCCCAAAUUUCCCGCUCCAUGGUAUACUAGGCAAGAGUUUCUUCAUGAAUUGGAUAAAUUUGAAGCGUUUUCAGCCCUUUAUAAGGUGGGAAGGCACUGUCUAGGAAAAGGACACGCCGGCAUUGUGUAUCGGGGGACUCGCAAGUCUGAUGGCCUGAAGGUCGCCAUCAAAUUUAUCUACAAGCAAUCCCCCUGGGACAGAUUUAUUCAUGUUCCUGGAUAUGACAAGCCCCUCUUCUCAGAAGUGGCUGUAAAUCUGAUGCUACAGAAACCAGAGAGAUGCCCCAACAUUGUGGCUCUGUUGGACUGGUUUGAAGAGGAGGAAAUCUACAUCCUCGUUCUAGAAUUUCCAUAUCCCUGUUUGAGCUUGGAUAAUUUCCUUCGCUAUAUCAAUAAUAUGAAUGUAAAUUGUCCACUGUCUGAAGAAAAUGCACGUGCUCUCAUGCGUCAAGCAGUGAACGCAGCUCAACACUGCAUCGACCACGACGUCUGCCAUGGUAGCUUGGGUAUCAGAAACAUGCUGAUCAAUAUACAGACAAUGACGCUCAUGUUCAUAGACUUUGGACGUGCCCAUCUUGCCUCAACUUGGGGCAAACCAGACCCUAGAAACCCAGACCCUAGACCUGGCAUACCUGGCCCAACUUGGGUCGAAGCAGGCGGUGAAAGCUGGGGUCGAGGUCAUGCGGUUGCCGAUUUGGUCUAUUGUUUGGGUACACUGCUUCUGUGUCUGAUGGGUGGACUAUGGUUGAAAAUAAGGGGCUUCAUUACUACAGAAGACAUCCCUGAAAUCAAAACACUUGGGUUAAGUGAAGAAUGCUUUGACUUGGUCAAUCGGUGCACUCUCACUCCACCACCCGACAGGCCAACAUUAGAGGAGCUCCUAGACCACGAGUGGUUCAAACAGGGUUAAAGGUCAAGAGUAUCUUAUGUUUUUUCUUCUACUUCAGUCUGUCAUAUUAGCAUAGCCGGUGCUCUUUUUAAGCUGGUUGAUUUUUUCACUUUUUAUUUUUUCGUUUUAUAUUUUUACUAUUUAGUAUUACAGUAAUCUUUUUGGCCAUAUACAAAUACUUUAGUUAAUGAGAAAAUAAUCAUGUGCAUCACAUGUUUUAUAAAGAAGACGAGUGUCUGACUCGUGUCUGAGCAUUCUGUGUUGUGUAAAGAAGACGAGUGUCUGACUCGUGUCUGAGCAUUCUGUGUUGUGUAAAGAAGACGGGUGUCUGACUCGUGUCUGGCUCGUGUCUGACUCGUGUCUGACUCGUGUCUGACUCGUGUCUGACUCGUGUCUGGCUCGUGUCUGGCUCGUGUCUGACUCGUGUCUGACUCGUGUCUGACUCGUGUCUGACCAUUCUGUGUUGUGUAAAGAAGACGGGUGUCUGACUCGUGUCUGAGCAUUCUGUGUUGUGUAAAGAAGACGUACGCUUUCCUUAAAUGCAACUACACUACGUGACCCAUUCAACAAAUGAUUUGUUCAAUAAAUCGUUAUAUUUGGGGCACUAGUAGUUCUCUUUCAAAAUAAAUAUUAAAGGUAAUUUACUCACCCCCUGUCAUCCAAGUUUUUGUUGCUUUAGUGGAAAAGAAAUUGCUUGAAAAACGAUGUAUUGUGUGAAGUCAUGAACGCGCAUCGCAGAACAGAGCAAGGUGAGCAUUUGUGUUUAUAAAGCAUAAACAUGUAUUAUAAAAUGAGAGAUGGUUUCACUAAAUAAGACCUUUUAUUCAUGGUCUGAUAUGGUUUAAAGUCCUUUGAAGCUGCACUAAAAUUGUCAUUUUCACCUUCAAGGGUUUGGAGUCCAUUGAAGUCACUAUAUGGAGAAAAAUCCUGGAAUGUUUUAGUCAAAAACCUUCAUUUCUUUUCCACUAAAGAAACAAACACAUAAACAUCUUGGAUGCUUUGGCUCAUUAUAGAUUAUAGAUAGAUGCGUUAUAGAUGGAUGACUGCGUCAGUGAACGUCUGUCAGACAGCGCACAUCAGUAUUAACUUCUCUUUUGUGUUUAAAUGAACAAAAACACCAGUUUUGCCAGAAUCCGGUUUUGUCAAGCAUUUUCAUGAGCACAGAUUUCAACAUGUUAAAAAAAAAUCCCAAAUGAUUGUAAAGAGUUUUGAAGAUGGGAGAGGUGUCGGUAAGGCUGGUAGUAAACGAUUAUUUCUUCAACGAUUAAUCCUACGAUUAUUUUAUCGAUUAGUCAACUAGUUUUGUCGAUUAAUCUAAUUAAACAAUCUUAAUAAUAUUCUUUAUUUAACAACCGUUUUCCACAGCAAAAAAUAUUCUGCUUUAUACAAAAUUAAAUAAAUAAAAUGAUUUCACUGUUAUACAAAAUGAAAGGCCAGCCUGUUUACUCUUUACAGUACCAACAUAACUCUCUUGUAGAAAAAAAUCUAAAGUUGAAGUGCAAAGAAAAGCUUUGCAGUACACAGUAUAGACAUUCCUGGGAGUGUUUAACACAAUGUAAAAUACCUGUUUUUGUGUAUAUUUUGCGCGCAUUGAAUCUCUUUCGUAAGAUAAGAGGUUCUUUGCUUUGUCCUAAAAAACACGAAAGCAAUGCAUAUUAGAACAACAACUAUGACUCUGAGGUAUUUUAAAUCUACUCUUAACCUCAUUGUAGUGCUAUGCUAUCAUCAGUUUAUAUGAAUAAUAAUGUGGCUAUCUAGCAGCUGUGCAAUUUGGUGGUGCUAGGCUAACCAAUUAACCAAAGUAUCUUAGCUUUCUGUGCAGUUUGUUGGUGCUAGUUUAGUAGCUAACGUUCACAUUAGAUGACGAAUGGAAGCGAUAAACUAGCUUCCAUUCAACCAACAUUAGAUGAGAACUAACGUUAGCUAAACACAGCUCUCUAGGCGCCAGGUGCUACCUAGCACAAACAAACUGCACAGAGAGCUAAGAUAGUAAUUCAUUUUGCCAACAUUAGUACUUGUUAUUGUCUCCUUCACGAGUGACAAUGGGGUGCCUCCGUUUCAGAUGCUCCAACAUUGCUGUUGAGCUGGCGUGUUAUGCCAACUCCAUUUGUGAAAGAGCGUAAAUAACUACACCUCUAUGUUUGGGACUAAAUUCGAAGUAUUCCCAUACCCAUGUUUUGGUCUCAUUUACAUUACAUUUACAUUUAGGCAUUUGGCAGACGCUUUUAUCCAAAGUGACUUACAUUGCUUUAUCCUAUACAUUUUACAUAGGUAUUUGCAAUCCCCUGGGAUCAAACCCACAACCCUGCGCUGAGCUACAGGAAAGCUACCACUGAGCUACAGGAAAGCAUCUCCCACAUGUGUGUAGCGAGCUGGUGCGAAGCGUUGACGCAAAAAUAUGACGUUGACUUGUCGCUACAGGUCUAGGUGUCAUAUCUGCGUAGAGCAGCAGCUCUUAAAGUGACCGCAUCCUAAAACCUGCUGCUGUGAUCCUGUCACUAAUGUUCAUCAAAGAACGAAAGAAAAGAACAAUUCAAUGUGUUUUGUAGCUUUAAUUCUGUAUUUCAUUUAGAAUUUAGCAUUGAAGACUGUAAAGUGUUUGAGAACUUCAUUCAAUUUCUGUAUAUUGUACAUGUUAGACACGAUCGCUCUCGAUUAAACCGUACUAUUAUGUUGAAUGAUGUUGAAAAAUAAUCUAUUAAAUGGAGACAUCAGUUGCAGUAUUAAUAUCAGAAUGUUGGCUUUCAUUCAUAAAAUGAUGCAGUUAAAGAAAUCUGUUGUCUCUACAUUCGUUUGGAGAUUGAAUGUGAAAUUAUUGCAAUGUAAAAGUAUAUUAAAACUAGUGGUGGGCCGCCGUUAACGCAGUGAGACUUUUAUCGCGCGAUAAAAAAAAUGUCGCCGUUAAUCUAUUCUCAGAGUUGGGUUGGCAGCUGGGUCUAUACUACGCAAGCUAUGAUGACUUUCACCUUGAUAUUUUAGCGCGGAUGUAUACCACCUUAACUGCACUGUACGGGGCGAGAACGAGAUUUUUCAACUCGCGUGAUUCGCGUCAUUCCUCGAAGCAGAAGCCGCCUCAUCAUCUCAUAACCAGGGCUUCAUUCGCGCGAUUCGCGCAGCAAGUAGGUCUAUUGGCUCUUUGCAUUAACAUAUAAAUCACUCGCGCUUGACACGCCAUUCGCGUUUGGUCUGAACACAACAUAACGUUACUGUGAAAUUACCGCAUCAAACGUGACGUGCUAACAUGGAUGCAGCUAUGAAGCCGCCGGGUUUGCUUCAGGGAAUAUUUAUUUUUAAGAAGCUUCCCAAUGGAAACAUCGACAAGACUAAGGUUGUUUGCACCUUGUGCAAUGCGGAAUUGGUUUAAAAAAAAAUAAACUUUCUCUCAACAGGUAGUGGUCUAGCUUUAGUUAAAAUCAGUAACUUUGUAUUGAGGUCUAAUGUAUUAUGGCUCCUGUAUGACAUAUCGCUUGUUGCUCCCUCACUCUUUGUAAGUCGCUUUGGAUAAAAGCGUCUGCUAAAUGACUAAAUGUAAAUGUACUGUAGGAGCUCUUCCAGUCUCAAGUACCACCUAAACACAAAUCAUCCCUUAGCUAAUGCGGAAGUAAACACAAGUUCAUCUUAUUGAACAUAAUUUAAUUUUCAUCACCAAUUAUCAUAGUAGAACAGCUUUCUCAAGCAGUUUGUGAUGCAUUUUGGAAACAGGAGAUGAGCCCCUGGUCUAAUGCGCCACCUGGCUUGAGAAACCCGUUCUCAAAGACUUACUUUUAGUCAUUAUUUGGGUAGCACACAUAUUCUGAAUGCCUUCGGCAGAAUUCAAAUGAGCCAUUUUAAUCUAGAUUAAUCUAGAUUAAUUCCAAAAUUAAUCUAGAUUAAUCUAGAUUAAAAAAAUUAAUCUAUGCCCACCACUAAUUAAAACACAUUAAUGUUAUGUGCGAUUAAUGACGAUAUUUCAUUAAUUGAUUGACUGCACUAGUUAUAUUAUUAGACACUAGCCAAACACGCACUAGAAGUUCACCACAGUCCAGGCGCACACAUCCAAUGAAACGAUCUAUAGGGCUAUUAGUGACACAGAUAUAGAUAAAUGUCUUUGCUAUGAUUGGCUAACGGCUAGCCGUGAGUGCACUGUGGUUGAACAUUCGUCUAUCAUGAUGUGGGGCUGUGUGAUUUUCCCAAAAAUCUAAUCUCAUUUUUUUCAGAAUGACAGAUUCCAAGGAUGUGAUUUUUCAUAUAAAUACAGAUAUCCCUAUUUUUUGACCGCUGGGAUCACCCACGUAAAUUGCAAAAAAUUUAUUUAUUUUCAUUUGUGAUGGGGCGGAUGUGACCGCUUCAUUCAGAACAUCAUUUUGUGAGUUAUAUUUAUGUGUCCAGAGAGUCCGUGAAAAAAAGACGCCAAACUCUGCUGUUUCAGUACUCAAAAAACUGGGGGGUGUAAUGUUCAUUCAGGGGGGAACUCGACAGCGUUUUGUAACGUAUGCAGAAAAUCCCGAUUCUGAAACUAUAUGAUACGUUUUAAAGAGUAAGUAGCAUUAGAUCAUAAAAAUGACUUUUCAUCCAGUGUGUUAUGAAGCCGUGUUUGAAAGUAAGCAGUCAGCCAAGUUGUAAGUCCUGAGAAGAAUAAAUAACAAAGUUAUUGGCUUGUAAAAAAGGGAGUGGACCCUGAAUCACACAAACGAGACGUGAACUAGUACUGCCGUGUAUCUGCGUCACUAGACAUAGUCCCCGCCUAUGUUUGAUGGAACUGCCGCGGAAACUUCAAUCUCCCCAAAACACUUUUGAUCAUUCGUGAUGCGUGUACAUCAUGUCAAGAACCUGUGUUCUACGGAGUGAAACUAAGUGCGUCUAAUUUAAACUACAAAAGAAAGAACUUCUGAGGAAACAUCGGUUACAAUUAUUUUACACCAAAAGAGUAUAACCCCAGGGUUUUACUGUGUGCGUGUCAUCUCACCAAAGAUUAACGUAAUCCAGGUAUGACGGUAGGCGAUCCAUUUGUACGUCAAAGUAUUUGUACGUGUCUACUAAUGGUUGUAUAUCUUACAGGAGACAAUUGAUUUGCAAUUUAGUGUUUUUGUCAAUUGGAAAAUGAAUAAUACACACAGUUGGAUCAGAUGUUUACUACAACAAUAACAUAUAAUCUAGUGUAGUCUACUUAUAUACAAAUAUACAGAAGACUUGAGUGUUUGGGUGAAUAUAUUUCAUGUUUAAAGUUACAUUCAAAUACUAUCCAUCAGACAUUGAGUGUGAUCAUAUGAACCAUCAAUGAAAUAUCUGCGGUGCAUUAAGAACUGUGUCCUGCUUACUAUUUAAUGAAGAAAAACACAAUUCACCGCUUUAAGACUUUUCUAAGGUCAUUUAUCUUAAAAGAAAAAAUGACAUGUUUCUUGUGAACAACAUUAUUUAUUAAGACCAUGAUUCAAGGAUUCAAGGUUUUAUUUGUCACAUCCACAAUAAUACAGAAUAUAAUCAUUCAGGUCGGCUCAAUGGACAGUGUAUAGGAUCAGAGUCCCGCCAAAAGUAUUGCAGCAUAUUUAAAAAUAUAAAAAGCGUAAAUAAAAAAAAACGUGAUUCAGAACUUUAAACGCAUUUUACACUAUAUUGGACAAAAUGUAUACAUGAAGACAAAGUUGUCCAAAUCUCAUACAAAAUAAAGUUGCCCUUGGUUGUUUUACUCAUCCUUUGUGACUUUUGUUAUUAUUUGCUUAUAUUUUCAUUUUUUUUUUUUCCCGCUUGUUUUUUUCCACAUUCUGCAGUUCCAGUUUCAUGAUAAUUAGGGUAAUUAGGUAAUUAUGUAGAUUUCAAAUGCACACUUUAAAUCGCUUUUUUAAAAUGCUUUUCUUUAUCCAUUUGUCAAUCGAGUUAAAAAAAGGCCAUUGGACAGAACACACGUUUAGGCAUUUUUUAGCAUUUAGGCUUUUUUUUUUUUUGGCAGACGCUUUUAUCCAAAGCGACUCGCAUUGCUUUAUCCUAUACAUUUUACAUAGGUAUUUGCAAUCCCCUGGGAUCGAACCCACAACCUUUGCUCUUACUACUGAGCUACAGGAAAGCACACGUGUGGGCAACCAAUCAGCUUUAGGCUCAGUUUUAGGAUACACCCCUUCUCCCAUAUUUCAUACGAAUAAGAUGUAAGGCGGAAUUUCAUCAGAGAUCAAAAAAGACCUACAGCCAUUAAAACAGUGACUUUAUUGCGCCACACACUAUAAGUACAUGACAUGGCAGAAGUUAAAUAUAUGUAAACAAAACAAGCAUACAGAGAAACGCUCAAAUUAAAACGUGUUUGCACACAGAACGAGACCCUAAAGAUCAAUGGUUCUCAAAUCAUGGCCCUAUAGAUCCACCUUCCUAACCAGCUCAGCCUUAAUCUUAUAAUAAAAUGAAUCACCUUAAAGUACCUCAAGAGCCUUUCAAGUGCCGACUGCUUUGUUUUGAAUCACUCUCACGCUACUUUAACGUGAUACGCCAAGCAAUCUGCACAGUAGUGAUGGGUCGUUCGUGUACGAUUCGUUCAUUUUGAACAAAUCUUAAAUGUGACUCGGGAAGAACGAGUCGUCAUGAGACGUGAUUCGUUCAGUCGCGCAUGCGCAUUGCGCAACAUUCUCCGGACGUUUAACAAAUGCAAUCAGAGCCGGAAAGAGAAUUGAUUAGUUCACCUCUCGAGUCUUCGGGUUCGAGUCGUUCGUUCAUCACGUGACAUCCCUGCACUCUAAACAAAUGCAUUUAGAGCCAGAAAGAGAAUUGAUUAGUUCACCUCUCGAGUCUUGGGGUUCGAGUCGUUCGGUCUUUUGUAAUGUGAUGUGACCGCUUUGGACAGAUAAAUUAGCUAAUUUACAACCUUCCUAACAAACGGGUGCAUAGCCUAGCCCUAGUGUUUGUCUAUUGAUAGACAAGGGCAGUGAAAUGACAAAUUAAUCAAGAUAAGAGGUGAUGUGAGCUACAGACUAAAUACCAAGGUAAACAAAUAAUUAAUCUUUUCUGCUUAUUAUAGCAUUAUAGUUUUGUAUUGGUUGUGAUGUGAUCAACGUUUGCAUAAGUAGUAGAUUUGUUAGGAAAGUGACAUGUAACAUUUUAAUAUACUUUGCUAAAAUGAACGAAAGGAACAAUAUGACUCGAAAAAAGAUUCGUUCAUUUUACUGAAGGAGACUCAAAGGUCCGAGUCAAUAAAAUGAUCCAAACUUCCCAUCACUACUGCACAGCAGUCGAACUCUAUUAUUCCUGAAUCCUUUGAAAAGCUUUUUCAGUUGUUUUAUCAGGGUUAGUUCCUUCCAAUGGAACAUCAGAAUCACGGCAGAAUAUCCAGUUAGAACCACUUCUCAGGGCACUUACGGACUUGCUAAGCAAACGUCUUAUGGUGGAUAAGAGAAAUAUACUAAAUGUGUAGAACCGGGGAUCAGGAGCACCAGGAUUAGGAACCGUUGUUAUUGGGGAAUGCUAUCACCGGUGUGUACCCUAUCAAAGAAGAUGUGCAGCACAAGUGUAGAAGCAUGAUGGCGUUCUGUCACACCAGUGAACAUGUGUUAAUCAUGCCAUGAAUGUAUGAAUGCAAAGUCAUAAUAAUUCCCAUGUAGAGACAAACUGUUUUGUUAACCAAACCUGCACCACGUCUGAUCACGAGGAGUAAAUGUAACACCGCACAUGAGCAGUGCAACAAAUGAGCAUAGAAACCAUUAAUAAAACGCAUUUGUUCCGUCACAUUCAGGGACAGAAAUUCUGUUUAUAAUGGGUUAUAGUCUUGUGCCGCUGUGUAAUGUUAAACAGGGGUGUUACAAUAUCAAGCCGACAUUCAUCCUCGUCUCCAGUACACCCCUAAAUCACGGCCACAACCUGGACUCUUGGAGAUGUUAGGUUCAGUGUGGAGGUCAUUGUGGGUACAGCUCACGCUGAACUCAGUUUAUAACUUUUGUUUCUGUGCAGAACUCCAUCUUUGUCUCAGUCUGAUGAUGAGAUUAGUUUUAACGUUGAAGUAUUCCACAAUCUCUGGAUCACAGAUUAGAGAGCUUCUGCCCAUCUUUACCUCUGAUAAACUCUGCUUCUCUCAGACAUCCCUUUUAUAGCUCAUCAUGUUACACAACUGAUAUCAAUUAACUUAAUUCGUCACUAGAUGUUCCACCAGCAGAAUCUUUUCAAAACUUCUUGCUUUUUUAGCCAUUUGUUGCCACCGUGCCCCCCUUUUUGAGACCUGUAGGGGGAUUACAUUUGAAAUGAGCUAGUUGAGUGGAUUAAAGUGUACGAUUUCUCAGUUUAAACAUUUGCUAUGUUAUCUGUGUUCUAUUGUGAAUAAAAUGUUGUCUCGUGUGAUUUGAAAUUCUUUGAGUUUUCAUUUUGUUCAAAUUUAAAAAUCCUCCCAACGUUUCCGGAAUUCGGGUUGUAAAACUGAGCAGAAAGUUGAUUGGUUGCCCACACGGUGUGUUCUGUCCAAUGGCAUUUUUUUGACUCGAUUGACAAAUGGAUAAAGAAAAACAUUUGUUAAAUAGAGAUAGUAAAGCAUUUGGCAAAAGCUUUUUUUAAAAAGCGAUUUAAAUGUGCACAAUAAAACUUUUUAUUGUUUUAUAUUUAUUAUGUUUUAAAGCAUGAAUUAAAUAAACAGUUUUAAAUGUAUAUAUUUAUUUAUACAUUUCAAUUAAAUUUUCUUAUUUAAGAUUUUAUUGUUCAAUUAAUCUGCAUUUUAGUGGUAAAAACAAGUUUCCUUUUCUUAAUCCUUGUUUCUUGUCCACUGUGGGACAUUCUGAUGAUAUGAUUCUGACGCGUACCAUAAAUAGAUCCAGAGAGGCGUGUUGAUGGUCCAAACAAAUAACUGAAGUUUAUUAAAUCAAAAAUAAAGAUGCAUUGUAACCAAAAUGAAACAAACAUCUUUUUAGGCCGCUUGCAGGUUUGCUGCACCAUGCCACCCUAGCUCCAUGUGCACGGUCAAAAGACUGUAUGCUCUUGCACCAGCGCCCUCUUCCUGUCAGGGGUGGCCUAUCCUUUAUACAACUUUUCCCCACUCACCUAUAGAGGGCACACACUCAGAGAAAUACAUAUGUCAAGCCUCUUUGAUUUCUUUUGGCCACAGAAUGGACUGAGAAAAGAAAAUUGAGAAUGUCAUUAAAACAUUGCCAUAUAUGUCUCUGUAAGUCAUUUAUGUAUUUAUUAGAUAAGUCAUUGGCAAAAAGUGCAGUAAAUAUGUCAAGUGCAUUCUUUAACACAUUUGCAUUAUUUAUUAUCUGGAUUUCGAGCAUGUCACAGUACAGAGACUGCUUUGAUCAGAGUUACAAAUGAUCUGCUUUUAGCGUCUGACCGUGGCUGUAUUUCGUUAUUGGUGCUGCUAGACCUCAGUGCUGCAUUUGACACCAUUGACCACAGCAUACUUCUACAUAGACUCGAAAAUUACGUUGGCAUUAACGGAAUAGCAUUGAAAUGGUUUAAGUCUUAUUUAUCCGACCGUUUUCAAUUUGUAGCAAUAAACAAUGAGGUGUCCCGCAAAUCACAAGUCCAGUACGGUGUACCAAAGGGCUCAGUCUUGGGACCCCUGCUCUUCGCAUUAUACAUGCUACCUCUAAGAGAUAUAAUAAAGCGACACGGAAUUAGCUUUCACUGUUAUGCUGAUGAUACUCAACUUUAUAUUUCCUCGAUGCCUCAUGAAACCCAGCAGUUUCAUCGAAUAAAGGAUUGCAUAGUUGACUUAAAAAUGUGGAUGAGUAACAAUUUUUUACUACUAAACUCGGACAAAACAGAAGUGUUACUUACUGGACCGAAAACUGCUAUGCGUAACAACCAAGAAUACUGCUUAACGAUUGACGGAUGCUCCAUAAAAUCCUCGUCAUCAGCUAAGAAUCUUGGCGUUGUAUUCGACAGUACUCUCUCAUUUGAAAGCCAUGUCGCAAACACCUGUAAAAUUGCAUUUUUCCAUCUUAAGAAUAUAUCUAAAUUACGUCAUAUACUGUCACUUUCAGAUGCAGAGAAAUUAAUUCAUGCAUUCAUGACAUCAAGACUAGAUUACUGUAAUGCACUUCUAGGUGGUUGCCCUGCGGGCCUAUUACAAAAACUGCAACUGGUUCAAAACGCGGCAGCUCGAGUUCUUACACGUACAAAAAAGUAUGAGCAUAUAACCCCGGUUCUGUCAACCUUGCACUGGUUACCUAUAAAGCAUCGCAUUAACUUUAAGAUCUUGCUUAUUACCUAUAAAGCCCUACAUGGUCUAGCGCCGCAGUAUUUGAAUGAACUUCUAUUGUACUAGAUGUUCUAUUGUUCUAUUGUUCUAUUGGACCUCCACGUACAUUAUGCUCUAAGGGGUCCUGUCUGUUGGUAAUACCUAGAAUUUCAAAAUCAAGUGCAGGUGGUAGAUCGUUUUCUUAUCUAGCGCCUAAACUUUGGAAUAUUCUUCCCUGCACGGUCCGGGAGGCAGACACACUCUGUCAGUUUAAAUCUAGACUAAAUACUAAUCUUGCAUACACUACACCUCCAUAAUAUUAAUCCUCAGAGGAUUUAGGCUGCAUUAUUUAGAUCAACCGGAACCAGGAACACAUGAUGUACUUGUUGCAUCAAUGAGUGCAGAACAGUACUCUACUCUCAGCCAGUCUUGUCUCUUUGUUCCAAGGUUACCGCAGGAUGCAGUUCAUGCCCAGACCUGAUGGCAGAGCUGAGAAUGGAAAGCGGUGACCUGACAAGAGCUAAGAGGAUAGAGCUGGAUAAAGGACGCGACAACUUUGUUUUUUUCUACAACAUUUCAAAUGCUAUUAGAUUGUUAAUGAUAAUCUUUAAUCCUUAAUUUUUAUAUUUUUAUUUAGCCUUGUUGUGCAAGCACUGUUGAGCUUGUGCAGAUGCAGCAGCUUUUGCCAGAGGGGAACUGGAAUCCCCUGGUUGGGCCUGGGUUCCCCUGAGGUUUUUUUUCUCGAUGGGAGUUUUGGGUUCCUCACCACCGUUUGCAUAUUGUUUUGCACUAUCUGCCUGGCCGGGGGGGCUGCUUUAGAAUUCAUACUUGUAUUAAAUGUGUCUCAUGUACAGCUGCUUUGUAACAAUGAAAAUUGUAAAAAGCGCUAUAUAAAUAAAGUUGAGUUGAGUUGAGUAUUAAUACAGUAUUAAUACAGAUGAGAUCAAUAACAUCACAACAUAAUGGGCCUGCCAACAAUUGUACAUUAGAUAAUAUGAGCAUUUCUUUUAUUCCAUAUGGAAAUAUGUUUUCAAUUUGAGUUUGAUCAUGUUUGUGAUCAUGAUUUCUUAAUACACAUUUAAGGAAAUGAUUUGCUGGCUAAUACUUAUGUUGACUGUGAUUUUCUCACCUGUGAUUAAUUGUUAGUUGUGAUUAUGUCGAUCUUUUGUAUGAAGUUGUAUUAUGACUAACGACUUAAAAUAAUAAAAAUCUUAAGUAUU